UUUUUUCGCACCUGGACCGACAUGAGGUUGGCUAUGUCAACCGAGAACAGCACACCACCCCCGUGCCCCUGCCAUCACCAGGUCCAGACGGGGCUGCAGACACUGGAGCUCCCUUCGAAGGCGGAUCACGUGGAGGGUCUCUUCACGGUGUUCGACAAGAACAGGGACGGCGUCAUUCACUUCGCGGAGUUCGAAGAGCUCGCUCUUCACCGAAGGCACGCAGCACACUUCCCACGAACUGACGGCGAACACGCCUUCUCAACCCUACUGGCUGAUGUCUUCGAGAACCUGGAUCACACCGCGGACGGCUUUAUCCGAGAGGAGGACAUCCGGAGAGCCCUCGACAAGCUCGAUAUCGUAGCCUCGGACGCGCAGAUCACGUAG